AUGCCGCACGCCGUUGACCAGACCGAAGAGAACGAUGAUAUACUCAUCGCUCAGCUUCUCAACGCCGAUCCGACAGAGAACCGCUUUGAGGGCCUACUCAGCGAGCGGAUAGACAGCGGACCAAAGGCGGACGAUGCCAUCGACUACGAGGACAUUAGCGACAAUGACCUCGCCGACGAGGAGGAACCGAGCAGAGAGAACGGCGCUCAUGAUGACGCUGCUGGUGCAGAUGAUGAUUUGAUGGAGGGGCUCUUUGACGAUGCUCCCCAAGCCCAGGAUGCCGAUGCUGAGAAUGAUGGGUUCGACGAUCUGUUCGGCGAUGCGCCGUCGUCGCCGCAGCCUGAGCAUGACCAGGAUAUGAAUGACGGCCAGGCCGAUAUCGUCCCGGCCGGUGGUGCCGUCUCGGGCUCAGCACCAAAACAUUUGGAGUCACCCCCUUCGACGCAGAUCCCAAAGGUUGAAAGUCCUGAGAGCAUGCGGGAACUUGCUAGCUUCGAGGAGAUCAUGGAAGAAGAUGUCAUGGAGGAUGAAGACGAGGAUCCCGAGAUCAGAGAGCAAAGGGAGCUCUUCGCACAGGCACAAUCACGCCUUCGCAAUGGUCAAGCCGUGUCAGACUUACCGCCCGCUCCGCAGACGGAUGCCGAUGUUUUCCAAGCCAUCUGGCACAACUACGAACCCGGCGCAAUUCUCCGGUUCGGAGAAAUUCUUCCUCACCGUCGCGCGUAUUACGUUCCCAAGACUCCUCUUAAGCCACCGAAGGCGAUAGCUCCGAGCAAGGUCAGCUUGGAAUUGCAGCAGGACCACGAGAAAACCUUCAAACUUCCUCCUACUGCAGCUCCUGCACGGAAUGCUCGUCAGGCCGAGGUGGACCAGAAAGGCGUGAUUACCGUCACUGAAGCAGACACUGGUGAGAAGAGCGAUGAUGAGGAUGAUAUCAGGCUCGAUGAUUUUGACGAGAACGAAAAGAUUGGCGGUGUAACCUGGCAAGAUUUGCAGAUGUUGUGUGAGGAUUGGGACGUUCGCACCCCGGAUAGUCUGUCCGAUGCUGGAGAUGUCCAGGAGCGGGAUAAUGCUGAUGACAUGUCGUUAAUUGGCGACUGGGAUCACGACGAGCGCGUUCGUCCCACUAAGAGACGUAGAACUGACGGCAUCAGCGGCAGCCUUCCGAUCUUCCAGGACAGCUUCCCUAACCUCGAAGAGCCCGAGACUGCUACUGCUAAGCUGGCGAGAAAGGUUGCCAUCAAUCUGAAUGAUCCGGAGCUGCUCAUUGACAUCCAACAACCGGAUUCCACUCGCAAGAAGUUCCGAACCCAUGACUUCCGCCGCGAUGUCAGUGGAAGCCUCACGAAAUCUCUGUUCCAGAAGUUCAAUAUUUCCAACGAUGAAAGCUACGAUAUUCUCAAACACAACAAUCGCGAAAAAGUCCGUAAUAUCACAAAUCUCAACUCGCUUGAACACAGUUUGCCAGCGGUUAAGCUACAAUAUCCAUUCUACAAGCUCACGCUCGGCCCUCGCGAGACGCGGUCAUUUCAUCGACCUUCUUUCACUGUUUCUCAUCCUGGCCACGUCAUCAGAUUCGACAAGCCUAAGUUUAAGAAAAGGAAGCAGUUCAAAGGCCAGGAUCCUAAAACCGUGUACGCUUCCUCUGAAGACCUGUCGAUGGCUGACAAUUCCAACGUGCUCCUGCUCGAGUACUCUGAGGAAUAUCCUACGGUUUUGUCCAACUUCGGCAUGUGCAACCGCCUGAUUAACUACUAUCGCCGCAAAGAUAAGGACGAUACGUAUCGGCCGCGGCUUGACAUCGGAGAGCCUGUGGUCCUCACUCCCAAUGACCAGAGUCCCUUUGCAAUCUUUGGUGAAGUUCGCCAGGGCGAGACGGUGCCAACCCUUCACAAUGGCAUGUUCCGCGCACCCGUCUUCCAGCACGAGACGAGACCGACCGAUUUCCUUGUCGUUCGAAGCCACACCGGUACUCAUGGGACAAAGUGGUAUCUUCGGAACGUCGAGAACCUGUUCGUGGUUGGACAACAGUUUCCAUCGCAACAAGUUCCGGGCAUCCAUUCACGAAAGGUCACCGACAUCAGCAAGCGGCGCCUUAAGAUGUUGUCGUACCGCAUCUUCACGAAGAGUCUCGAUCAGAAGAAGAACCCUAACGUGAAGCUGAGCAAUAGCUAUAUACAGAAGCACCUUCCAGGAAGCGAUAUCGCGCAGAAUCGAGGCAAGAUGCGAGAGUUCAUGCAGUACGACAAGGAGAGCUCGUCGUGGAAGCCUAUGCCUGGCGAAACCGUCCCGGAUGAGAACCAGAUGCGCGGGUGGAUUUCGCCUGAGGACCUCUGCUUGGUUGACGCUAUGCAAGUCGGUGUGCGCCAGCUUCAAGACGCUGGUUUCGCAGCAGACGACGCAAACCCUGAAGAUGACGAAACAAACGAGGCACAACAGUUGGCACCAUGGAACACUACCCGCAAUUUCCUCGAAGCAAGCUCGCGUAGAGCCAUGUUGGAGCUGCACGGUGUCGGUGAUCCCACCGGCCGUGGAGAGGGUAUCAGCAUGAUCAAGACAUCGAUGAAGGGUGGCUUCAAGCCACAGGGCGAAAGCGCGAAGGACAAGAUGGACGCUAAAGCACUAAAGGAGCUCGGUGGCCACAGCUACAACGUUCGAAAGCAAGAACAGGAUUACAAUGCCGCCAUCGAGAAGAUAUGGGAAGCUCAGAAGGCAAGCCUGUCCUCCACAAUUGAGCACUCAGACUUCGAAGAUCCAGAUGAUGCCGAGGCCGAAACGGUGGAACAAGACACGUCCUUCAGCCGCGGCAGGACUCCACAGUCGCAGUACGGCACACCUGCGGCCUUCAACCGCCGUGAUGACGAGACCACGAGUCAAUUCACGAGUCUCAGUACCGCAAGUCAGUCGAAGAACAAGGUCCUGAGGAUUGUUCGCAGGGUCCCGAACAAAUAUGGCAAGAUCGAAGAGCAGGAGGAAAUCAUCAGGGAUCCGAAUGUUGCCAAGGCAUACGUCAAGUUCAAGAAGCAACAAGAGAUCAACGCCAUGAAGUUGGAGCAGCUGAAGCCUACUGGUGACGAAGAGGUUGACGCCCGUCAACGUAAAAGGCGAAUAGCCCUUCUUGUCAACUUUCACUCCAGACAUGAAUAUGCUGACGAGUAUAACAGACUCAUGGACGAACUUAGCCGUCUCGAACGCAACAAAGAGCGUCGCCAGGUUCGCGAGAAGCAGAAGGCAAAUAUGCGGAACGGCGGCGAUGGCGACUCGAAAGGUACCACUCGCAAAUGCGCAAACUGCAACCGCGCUGGUCACAUCAAGACGAACAAGAAAAUGUGUCCGAUGCUUAAUGGCAUCGCGUCUACGGUUGAAGAGUUGGAGAAGCUGGAGAAGAUCAGUCCCGGAUGCACACAGCCACCGUUCAAUAAGCAAAAGAUUGCGACUGCACAGCAGGCGCAGCAGGCAUCGGCUACGCAGGCACCAACGCCACAGCAGACCUUCCCCGACCUUUACACACCUGCGUCGAUCGAUGGUCAAGGACCAAUCUGA